AUGGAGAGACCGAGAACUCCGGAUCAGGAAGAUUGCUGUGGCAAUGGCUGCACCCCAUGCAUCUUUGAUGUGCAUAAAAAACUAGUCAAAUGUUGGGAGAGGAAGGAGAAAAAGAGUUUCAGAGAAGAAAAGAACAUUCUCGAGGCUCUGCGUUAUAAAACGUUUUAUGUUGAUAAGAGGAUUGAUGUAGACGAUGAAUACUGCUUGGUAUGGUUGAAAUACAAAGCUUCUGCACCUGGAGAACAAAUUCAUCUGAACGUUGGUCAACAUGUAACGAUCAACAUCGAGUCAUGGACGAAGCCAUUCACCCCCAUAUCCUGGACAGCCACGAGUCUGCAGUUAUUAGUGAGAAUUUACAAAAACAGUCCUUUCACGAAUAAAUUGAAAGCGAUUGAAGAAGGCGAGAAGAUUCGGGUUAGAGGGCCUUAUGGAGACUUCCAUUACUCCAGGAACUCCUUCAGAAAAAUUAUAAUGUUCGGGAUUGGCAGCGGAAUCGCUGCACUCUACCCAAUCGUCAAAGCUAUCACUGAGGACGAGAUGGACGACACGAGGAUGCACUUGAUCAUUGGUUUCAAGUCAAUUCAAUCAAUUCCACUGAAAAAGGAACUGCAAUUGUUAACAGAUUAUUGGAAUGUUGAUUGUACUCUUCGACUAGCUGAAUUAGGCGAGGGAAUGAUGAUCAAUGGAAUCAGGAUUAAAUUAGGGAGAAUAAGUCAGGAGAUUGUGGAAGAUAUUCUGGGGGAAGAGAAACCUGAAAAAACGCUGGUCCUCGUAUGUGGAAACAGACCAUUCAACAGCAUGUUAGAAAAUUGCUUAAGUGUAUUGAACUUUAACAAUCAUUAUAUUUUUGAAUAACUUUGUUAUGUUUGGACAACCAUUUUACAAAAACAGAAUGGAAGAACAAGUUUUAUCAAAUCUUAAUAUUUCUUUAUAAAUAAAAUUUCAAGUUUUCAUCUCUA